AUGGGAGAAGAACAAAUACUAGUUCAACCAGGGCAAGUGUUGGCUCUUCUACAACAUCAACUGAAUCACAAUCAAGCACAAAGAGAGAAAGAGGUCGACCAAGAGGUUCUACAAAACAGUGCUACUGGAAGGGAAAGAGGAACUGAAACUGGUUUAGCUGGAACUGGAAGGGGAAGAGGAAUUACAACUGGAUCUGUUAAUGAAACAAGGAUUAGUGGUGCUGUCAAUGGUUUUUGUCCUACUGGAAGGGGUAGAGGAACUGGCACUGAUAUUCUUGGAAAAGGAAGAGGAACUGCAACUAGUGUAGCUCGAAGGGGAAGAGGAAGGGGAAUUGGUGUAGCUGCUACUGCUACAGAUGUUCCUGGCGCUACUGGAGGAGUGAAGAGGCCAAGAAUGGUCGGAAUGGGGAUUUUACAUACACAGAGUGAUUUUACAAUCUACAAUCCUGGAAUGCCUAUGAACUCUUCAAUAGUGACUGAAAAUCUUGGGCAUCAUAAACCAAGAUCAGGCUUAAAAUGGAAAGGAAAAGAUGUUGUACUCAACAAGGUUUUCAAGAGAUGAGAGAAAACAAAAGAAGGAGAACAAGGUCUAAUGCAGAU